GAUCACUUGUCCAGGCUGGGGCAGGAGAGAACCUGAGGCCCCUGCAGGAGGUGGCCCCUGGCCUGACCUUCCUGCACCUUCAGAGAGUGGAACAUGGCUGCACCCUGGCUGCUGCUGCUGGCCCUCAGUCUGGACUGCAUGGGAGCAGGACCGCCAUCUGUCCGAAUAGCCCAAACUGCUCCUUUUAAUACAAGGGAGCCCGUGAUGCUGGCCUGCUACGUCUGGGGCUUCUAUCCGGCAGAUGUGACCGUCACAUGGAUGAAGAAUGGACAGCUUGUCCCUUCCCACAGCAACAAGGAGAAGACAGCUCAGNCCAAUGGAGACUGGACAUACCAGACAGUCUCCUACCUAGCCUUAACCCCUUCCUAUGGGGAUGUCUACACCUGCGUGGUUCAGCACAGCGGGACUUCUGAGCCCAUCCGNGGAGACUGGAAGAAGGGGAUNCUGGGACCNGAAGUGAGUCUGGAGGAGCCUGUUGAAGGUUAG